CAUGGCGAAACGACAUCGCCCAUCCUCAUCAUCAGUACCGGUAUUACUUCCACUUAUCAUAAAUUUGUCAAUUUUAUUCUUAGUUAAAUUCAUUGGAUUAUUCUAUGCUUAUCGGGUUCAUUUAUUCUUUAUGACUUUAACUUUAAAACAUGGUUUUUAGUAAGUAAAUUUAAAUAAUUAUUCGUAGUCGUAUUUUAGUUUAAGUUUAGUUAUUAAACUUAACUAAACUUAUUAUUAUUUAUUAGGCCGAUAUUAUUAGGCCUAUUGAGUGAGUAUUGACAAUUGAUUUGAAUAAUAAUAAUAUUGUUUCUUGGAAUAAAUUGAAUAACAAUUACAAAUUAUUAAAAAGUAACGUUAUUACUAUUACUAUUAGUAUUAAAUAUUAGUGAAAUUAGUGGUAUAUGAUUGAUUGGUCUAUCUAUAUUUGAAUCAUGACAUAAUAAAACUUAAAAUAUUUAAGUCAAGUCCAAGUAUUUUAAUUUUAUAUAUACUAUACUAUACAUAUACAGUACACUCUACACCAUGGGCCAAAAGUAACUGAAAAUCCUGCAUCUUGAACAUAUAUCAUAAAAAAUGAGUUUGUCAAUGGUGAAUAGCCCCAGUAGCCAUAGUAGGUAGUUCGGUAAGAUCAGGAAAGUGCAGAAAAUGGGGUAUCUUGAUUUCGUUGUCAAAAUGGUGACCUCCACUUCUUAAUUUACCGAGAGUCACGUUGUUUACGACUUUUUAACUAUUUAUAGCCCAGCAUUUAAAUUCGAUUUCCGCCCACAAAUUAGACUUAGAGUAGACAUGUUGUGUUAUGAUUAGACACUUGAGUCCCCCAAAAAACUUUGGGGCUUCACUUUUAAAAUUCAAGGUAAAAUAAUGCAAUUUUUACUCAUUCAUAUUUUUUGUGUGGAAAUUUUGUUUGAAUUUCAGGGACUUUAUAAAUAAUGUCAUUAGCUACAACAUAUCCAGGACAUGCUAAUUUAGGCCCAUCAGUUUGGUCAUAAAUUCACUCAGAAAUUUAAAUCACGUGUGUCCCAAAAUUACCUAUUAUCGUUAAUAUUCUUUGCUAUGGUAAAUAACCUAAUUUACUCUGGAAAUCCAGCCUAUUACCCCCUAAUAACUCAUUUAAAAAUAAAAAUAAAAUAAUUAAUAAAACAAAUACAUAUUUUUAAUAUUAUUUGAUGCUUUUAUUGAGGGAUAUUAGGUUAAAAAAGCCUAAUUAAUUACAAAUAAUAGUUAACUAUUAGUUUUAUAUACUGUUAUAUGUAUACUAUUAACUAUAUAUAUAUACAUAUACUAUAUAUACAUAUAUAAUAUAUAUAUAACUUAUAUAAGUAGGCCUAUGUAUGUAUAUAUAGAGGCCUAGAAUAGUAUUACUAUUAUAAGUGUAGGCCUACCCCCCCCCCCUCCAAUAAUUAUUUGUAGGACCCAUUAUUCAUAUGUUAUGAUAUAUAUGGUGAUUCUUAAGGCAUAAAUUAAGUAAAAAUGUACAAAAAAUAUUUACUUACCUUUUGUAUUGAAAUAUCCUAUAUUUAAUCACAUAUUACACUAUUCCAAAAGAGAAUUAUUAUAUAAUAUAAUCCUCAGUAUUCUCAAAGAAAAAACACACUUUCUGCCACAAUAAUCCAAGAAUUACAUGAGAUAUUACUAAAAUUUAAUAAUAAAACAUUGUAAUUACCUCAAGCAAAUAACUAGAACUUAUUUAAAAUUCUAUCAACAGCCAAAGUUGAUUCUAUCAAUAAAUGUUGAUCUGUUAAACAACUUAUCUAACUUAAAAUAAAUGACAUACUAUUUUUGGUCAUAUUCACACAUUCAUAUGGUAUGGGACUAAAAUACAUUAUAUAGAAAAUGGUAAAAUAAAAAGUGUAAUAGUCAAUUUUAACUUAUUGAAACAAAUAAUCCCUUUAUUAUUAGUAUAUACUUAUACAUUUUAAACAAUUCCACAGAAAAUUUGAAAUUAAUAUCUUAAGAAUAUUUAUUAUGAUUUUUGGGAAAUUGAAAAAAAAUAUUUAUACAUAAUUAAUUAAUUAAUUAUGAAUAAGUGACGAGUCAGCAUAUUUUAUAUAUUUUUAAUAGGAAAAUAUAAAGAUUUUUAUAAUAAUUUUUCCGGUAUAUUAACAAAACUAACUUAUAUUUUGUGGUUUUAUUUAGAAGUACUCUAAUUAAAAUAUGUUCCCUGUAAAUAUUAUAUUUUUGUCUCAUUUUAUAAUAAAGUUAUAGGCCUUAAAAAAAAACCAAAAUGAGGGUCACGAAAUGUGGAGGAAAAUCCCAUAGUAAAAAAGUGCUUUUGAGGUCCCUACUAAAAAAUUCAUAACUUUUGAACCACUUGAGCUAGAAAGUUGAUCUUGGUGUUUUUGUAAUCUAUUCUGUAGGCUCUAUACAGCUGUAGUAUUUUUAUAUUUUAAAAAUGUUUUGAAAUUUUAAUCAAAGUGCCUACCCACAGAGAUCACAAGAAGGAUAUGUUAUUUACUAUUUGUUAUUGUUAUUCCCAGUUGACCCUUAUUUUGGCUCAUAUGUAAAUGUAAAUGAGGACUGAAUUUUAAAAUGCUGGCAGAACAAAUUCAGAAAGAGUUUUAAAAAGACAGCACCAGUUAUACAAUUAUACAGUACAUUGUUACGAAAUUUCAAAGUGAAUUUGACUUUGGACUUUGGUUGGAGACUACACAUUCCUAAAAAACUUGAAUCAAUCCUCAUAAACAAUGUGUAUAAAUGUUCCACACUACACAAUUCUCCCCCGUAUAUCUGGCUCCGUCAAAUGCCCAACCUGUAUCUAAAAUGUACCUAUGCCCUUAAACAAUCAGCGAAUGAGGUUUUCACUUAUGUUUAGUUUCAAGAAUGUCGCCUUAGACUAUAGAGGGUGAAUGAAGCCUGUGCUCCAAAGCACAUGCAUUAUUCUCUCAACUUAUAUUAUAAACAUUUCUGGUCAACAAGGCUUUCCCUUCCCAGUACACUUAAAGAACUGAAAAUUUUUGUUAGAACAGACGGCAUAACCAUGUUAAUUGGUGACAUCUCAUUAAAUCUUGGCAUUGUCCUGCCAACUUUUCAAACUCUGUCCCUAUUGAAGAUAACUUACAUUUGAGCAAAAAUAGUGGUCAGCUAUUGAUACAUUUUUCUCUGUUGAGAGACCUAUUUUCAACUAAAACAGCUGAACAUAUCUUUAUUAAGACUUAUGGGAAUUGUGUCAACUGGAGAUCUCCACCAUUGACAAACCCACAUUGGCGUUCAAGAUGCAAGAGUUUCAGUACUGUUUGCGCAUACUAUUACUGUAUUUUUGAUAUGGCAAUGACUAUGAUUAUAAAUGACUAGUUUAGAAAGGCCCGGGACGUGGGGGGGGUGGGGGGGGGGGGCUGUCUUCCUGUCUGUACUUUAAUUCCAUUAACCCAAAAAUUAAGGGGCAGCAUUUUUGGACAUCUACAGAGGUUAUUGUGUGGGAGGGGCACGUCAAAAAUCUUUGCCGGGCCUGAGUGGCUCUAUCCUUAGUGAUGCCAUUGUAAUGAUUAGCAUAUUAUUUGUUACUAAGACUCUUAGUCUUUUUGAAACUUUUGAAAGUACUGUGCCAGUUCCUGUAAUUCAAUAAUUAAAAUUAUGAUUAUUAUUAGGAGUCAUGUCUGACCAUGCAUGAAUCGAUCUCAAUUAUUAUAAAUGAUGAUACUGAUGUAUGAUAUAUUUUUUGGUAAAAUUGUAUUUUAGCAUCAUAAAUUCAAUACAAAUGAAACAAAUAAUGUAUUUUUUAAUAUUAAUAAUUCUUAAUUAAUUAUCACUUUAUGAAUGAAAUGAAUACCAAAUAAUUAUCAUGAAUACUAAAUAAUUAUCUGAGUAGACUUACUGGUACAUUUUUUAAUCUUACACAAAAUGUGUUUUAUAGUAAUUUCUGAAUGGGAAACAAGUAGAUAAUUAUUGUAUCAAAUACGGUCACUAGUUAUACUUAUAUACCUUUAAUUUAUGAGUUUAAAAUUUGAGAUUACCCAUUUUUUUCAGCUCAUAACUAUGCCACUAAUAGUAAUAGUGAAUGAAGAUUCAGUAGGGCAAUCUUAAUUAAUGUGUAAAAAAUUUUUUUGAUGGAUUGAUUGAAUGGUUACUUAUUAUUUAUUAGUAACAACAGAAUUAAAUUAAAAAAACACUUGGCUGAAAUAUAGUAUCCGAGAGAGCAGCAAUUGGAAUGUGACAGUUAAUAAGUAGGUUUAAACACAUGCAAAAAGGGAAAGAAGAGAGGAAAAAUGUUGACCAAUCGCCGUGGACUUACUUUUCCUCUCUUCUUUCACUGAUUGCAGUCUCUUCCCCUUAUUAUUUAUCAAUAUUAUUUUUUGUUUGUGAUUGAAGUAUUUUUUAUUCAGCUUAGUGAUUGAGCUCAUUCUGAUUGAACUCCUGCCCUGGCACUGUUCCCAAGUAUGGUACCAGACGAAAUUGGUAGGAACAUUUCUCAACAGCAUUUACAGUUCUUUGCAGUGACUGUGGUUAGCCAUCAUCCAAAGUAAUGUUGUCAUUAUCCAGGCCCACACCUUGGGGGUGGGAGGACAACCAUGGCAUGUGACAGGGGCCCGCCCUUUUUCGAGUUUUAAAAUAUACGCAUGUUUGAAACACGAAAGGGGCCAGAACUCUGUCAGCUGCCUGGAGCCCAGAAUUUCCUAGGUGCAGGCCUGCAAACUAGGAUGCAGUAUGACGUAUUGAUUUUAUAGAUAGGCAAACUAAUAUAAUAAAAGUUAGUUCCCAUGGCCCUCGUUUAAGCCUAGGCUAAUAUCAAUGAUCUAAUGCACUAUCAAAUCAUAAAUAAUUAUUUUUACUUUAUAACCUUAAUUCACCUAUCAUCAUUUUGAUUAUUGUUGGGCAAGUUUAAAAAUGUUAAACUAAAUUGCACAUUAUUAUAUACUGGUACCAAUCUUACAAAGAUACUGGUACCGGUACAUUAAUAUAUUAAAACAAGUAUUGUGUGCUAUAUCGGUAUUAAUAAUAUUUUUUAGAAAAUUGCUAAUCUCAACAAAAAACUGUUAAUACACUUCAGUUAUCAAUUUUAGAAAAGCUGGUUCAGUUUAGUGAAACGAGAAAAAAUAAAUGUAAUUGUAAUUGCAAUUUCAUGAAUUUAUUUGAUUGGGUACAACAAAGCAGAAUAAUUAUAACUGAUUUUAAUUAAAAUAAAAUUUAAAACUUAAUCUAUUAACUACCAGGUGUUUCUCUUUUUUUCUUCUUCAGAUUGUAGAAAGCAAAAAAACAAAGGACAUGUUAUUGUUUGUGACACUCAAGGCUAAAAAUAUGUUUCAUAUAAAAAUUCUCAUGAAACUGUAGUAAGCAGUCUCCCGUAAUGCUACAAAGAAAUCAGAAAUCAUUGCCUACUGUAUUAAGAACUGAGAAAACUAUUUAAAAAAUAUUAGCAUUAACAGCAAUUAACAUCCCAAAUUUAUGAGGCAUAAGUUUUUCAAAACUAAAAUGUACACAUUGUGUAUGUUGAGGUUGAUAGAUUACACUUCAUUCAAAAAAAUCUCUCAUCAUCUUGACUAAAGAUAUUCAAAUUCAACCCGUCUUUACUAGUAAUAAUUUAAGAGAAAUAAAUAAAAAAUGAACAAGGCAUUAUCACUAGCCUCCAUUGCAGUUCGCCCUGUCUUCAGAUCCCUCCAGCGUAGUGGCAGAUUAUUAUUCUCACCCAAGUAUUUAUUAUUCACAAACACUGGCCUUAGUGUAAGUGUGUCCAUUGGUGGAGACCUGAUACAACAAAAUUACCAGCGUAUCCAAAAUGAUCCAGAUAAGUUUUGGGAUAUAAAGAGAACAGGAAAAAUGGCUGCUUCAGGUUUAGCUUUUGGUCCACUUGUUCAUUAUUGGUACUUCUAUUUGGAUAAAUGGUUCCCUGCAAGGACAUUGGGAUCACUGUUUAAAAAGGUAAUAUAUUUUAACUAAAACAUAUGGUUGCACAAUUAUUUGCUAAUUUUUCUGGACCGCUAAUCAGAUUAAAAAAAUAUUUAACAAACAAACUAUCCUAACAACACAUACACACACAAUCCCGCCUGUUUUGAAAAAACAAUGUUGAAUGGCACAGCAGACAUUAGCACAAAUGUUUUCUUAGCUGUCAAUGUCAGGAAUUUAAUAACCACUCUUCUGGUGGCUUUGCUUAGUUAUUUCCAAUUAGUAAUACCACAUUUGCUAAAAUUACUAAAAAUAUUAUAAUUUUGAAGUACAUGUACUAUAUUUGUGCAUUUAUAUUGUGACCAUGCCUUAAAAUAGAUUGUGCUUUCAAAUAAUCCAGAUUCAUAUAUUUGAUUACCAGUAUAUAACUUAUUAUUAAUAUUAUGCUAAUAUUUUUAGAAAUUUAAAUCAAAUAAGAAAAGUACUUAAUGUGUAUUAUGACCACUUGGCACUUCAAGGGAAGCAGCAGCUAGUGAGGUGAUGCUUUGUUCAGAAUCCUCCUCAUCCUCAUGUCCCUUAGUCCUUGGACUGUUGGGGCGCCACAGAUGACAUGUGAACCAUCCUCCUCCAUUCCUCUCUGUCUUCAGCACUACGCACUGCAUUGCCCAGUGUUAGUCCUGUCCACUCUUUGAUGUUAUCCUCCCACCUUUUUCUUUGUCUUCCUCUUCUUCUCCCUCCUCUUGUGGUUCCCUGCAAUAUUUCUUUUGCAAGCCCUUGUUUCCUUGUUACGUUGCCGUACCAUUGUAAUUUGCAUUUUUUCACAGUCACCAGUAGGUCAUCGUACUCCCCAGAAUACAAAGGGUCAAUUUUUACAAUAGCCCCAAGUGUUUUUAAAUUAAAAAAUAUUUUAAAGCUAAAGAAUAAUAAAAGUUAUGAACAGUUAUGAACAUGUAAGUUGUAAAUUACUGGCAAUUCUUGAUUACUGUAGACAUUUUAAAACAAAAUACAUAAUCGUCUUUCGAUUAAGGAGGGCAGUUUUAUCAGCAAUCAGCCAAUUUGUUUAUUGGUGCAAACCUAAUGAUAGUAUAUUGACAUUUGUUAACUUCUGCUCUAGUGGAAUUUAAAUCAUUAAGUAAGUAUCAACCAAUUCAAUGCUAUCAGAUUCAUUAUCUUUGUUUGUGCAUUCUAACUUCUAGAAAUCCUUUUAUUUUACUUUCAGAUUGCUCUGGAUCAACUUUGUUUCUCACCUAUUUGUGUAACAGUUUUUCUUUUAACUAUUGGAAUCAUUGAGCAGCAAGGUUUAGAAUUGCUUAAAGAGGAGUUCAUGGACACUGGUGUUCUUAUGUUUUUAACUGAUAUUGUCUUUUGGUCACCAGCUCUUGCUAUAAACUUUUACUUUAUGCCCGCUAAAUACAGAGUUUUAUUUGACAAUAUGAUAUCAUUAGUUGUAGAUACUAUAUUUUCUUAUUUAAGAUUUGAUCACAGCAAAGCUCGUAGAGACCACACAUCUAAUCCAAAAGAUAAAACAAUGGAAAAUGAUGCCUCUAUCCUACCUGAAAGAAAAUUAAACAUUGUGGGUCAAUCAGGUGAUCAUCCGACGUGAAUGGAUAAAAGUGUGCAUUAUUUAUAAUUUAUAGAAAAAGAAUUGCAUCAGCCUUUGUAGAAAUUUUGUUUCACUUUAAUUGAUUCUAAUAGGUUACCGAGUGAUUUCUUAACUACUAUGGCUUUGUCUACCUCAUUAGUUCAUUAUGAAUUUCAGUGCAUAAGAAGAGUAAGAGACCAAACAGGGAUAUCCUUCCAUGUUUAUUGAGGUCAUUCAUAUCACUUUUAAAGUACAUUCCUGCCCAAGUCCACUCCCUUCUCUUUGCAUUCUUAAGCCUUCCAUGCCUUCUUCUACACCAGCAGCUGCAGGGUGGCGCAUCUGUACCUCAAAGAGCUCACGAGAAAGAUCACAUUUUCUCAAACUCAUCUUUGAAUUUUAAGUCUCUUAAUUUCUAUUACAAUAACAAGACUGAAGGGAUCAGAAUUUGAAAUAUGUUGUCUUUGAAUUAUCAAGCCUGGAUUUCAAGAUGAACCAUGUGUCAAUGACGACCCCUGUACGAGGACCCUUUGGCAGAUGGUUACAUGGGCAGUGACUUGUUGAAACUAGUGUGAUCAAUAAUUUAUCUUUAUAAAAUGCAUAUUUUCAAAA